GCCCGGGGAGCCGCCGCCGCCGCCGCCGCCGCCUGGGCCGGGAAGCGAUGUAGUAGCUGCCAGGCUGUCCCCCGCCCUGCCCGGCCCGAGCCCCGCGGGCCGCUGCCGCCACCGCCGCCAUGAAGAAGCAGUUCAACCGCAUGAAGCAGCUGGCUAACCAGACCGUGGGCAGAGCUGAGAAAACAGAAGUCCUUAGUGAAGAUCUAUUACAGAUUGAGAGACGCCUGGACACGGUGCGGUCAAUAUGCCACCAUUCCCAUAAGCGCUUGGUGGCAUGUUUCCAGGGCCAGCAUGGCACCGAUGCCGAGAGGAGACACAAAAAACUGCCUCUGACAGCUCUUGCUCAAAAUAUGCAAGAAGCAUCGACUCAGCUGGAAGACUCUCUCCUGGGGAAGAUGCUGGAGACGUGUGGAGAUGCUGAGAAUCAGCUGGCUCUCGAGCUCUCCCAGCACGAAGUCUUUGUUGAGAAGGAGAUCGUGGACCCUCUGUACGGCAUAGCCGAGGUGGAGAUUCCCAACAUCCAGAAACAGCGGAAGCAGCUUGCAAGAUUGGUGUUAGACUGGGAUUCAGUCAGAGCCAGGUGGAACCAAGCUCACAAAUCCUCAGGAACCAACUUUCAGGGGCUUCCAUCAAAAAUAGAUACUCUAAAGGAAGAGAUGGAUGAAGCUGGAAAUAAAGUAGAACAGUGCAAGGAUCAACUUGCAGCAGACAUGUACAACUUUAUGGCCAAAGAAGGGGAGUAUGGCAAAUUCUUUGUUACGUUAUUAGAAGCCCAAGCAGAUUACCAUAGAAAAGCAUUAGCAGUCUUAGAAAAGACCCUCCCCGAAAUGCGAGCCCAUCAAGAUAAGUGGGCGGAAAAACCAGCCUUUGGGACUCCCCUGGAAGAACACCUGAAGAGGAGCGGGCGUGAGAUUGCGCUGCCCAUUGAAGCCUGUGUCAUGCUGCUUCUGGAGACAGGCAUGAAGGAGGAGGGCCUUUUCCGAAUUGGGGCUGGGGCCUCCAAGUUAAAGAAGCUGAAAGCUGCUUUGGACUGUUCUACUUCUCACCUGGAUGAGUUCUAUUCAGACCCCCAUGCUGUAGCAGGUGCUUUAAAAUCCUAUUUACGGGAAUUGCCUGAACCUUUGAUGACUUUUAAUCUGUAUGAAGAAUGGACACAAGUUGCAAGUGUGCAGGAUCAAGACAAAAAACUUCAAGACUUGUGGAGAACAUGUCAGAAGUUGCCACCACAAAAUUUUGUUAACUUUAGAUAUUUGAUCAAGUUCCUUGCAAAGCUUGCUCAGACCAGCGAUGUGAAUAAAAUGACUCCUAGCAACAUUGCGAUUGUGUUAGGCCCUAACUUGUUAUGGGCCAGAAAUGAAGGAACACUUGCUGAAAUGGCAGCAGCCACAUCCGUCCAUGUGGUUGCGGUGAUUGAACCCAUCAUUCAGCAUGCUGACUGGUUCUUCCCUGAAGAGGUGGAAUUUAAUGUAUCAGAAGCAUUUGUACCUCUCACCACCCCGAAUUCUAAUCACUCAUUCCACACUGGAAACGACUCUGACUCGGGGACCCUGGAGAGGAAGCGGCCUGCUAGCAUGGCGGUGAUGGAAGGAGACUUGGUGAAGAAGGAAAGUCCUCCCAAACCGAAGGACCCUGUAUCUGCAGCUGUGCCAGCACCAGGGAGAAACAACAGUCAGAUAGCAUCUGGCCAAAACCAGCCCCAGGCAGCUGCUGGCUCCCACCAGCUCUCCGUGGGCCAACCUCACAAUGCUGCAGGGCCCAGCCCGCAUACACUGCGCCGAGCUGUUAAAAAACCCGCUCCAGCACCCCCGAAACCAGGCAACCCACCUCCUGGCCACCCCGGGGGCCAGAGUUCUUCAGGAACAUCUCAGCAUCCACCCAGUCUGUCACCAAAGCCACCCACCCGAAGCCCCUCUCCUCCCACCCAGCACACGGGCCAGCCUCCAGGCCAGCCCUCCGCCCCCUCCCAGCUCUCAGCACCCCGGAGGUACUCCAGCAGCCUGUCUCCAAUCCAAGCUCCCAAUCACCCGCCGCCACAGCCCCCUACCCAGGCCACGCCACUGAUGCACACCAAACCCAAUAGCCAGGGCCCUCCCAACCCCAUGGCAUUGCCCAGUGAGCAUGGACUUGAGCAGCCAUCUCACACCCCUCCCCAGACUCCAACGCCCCCCAGUACUCCGCCCCUAGGAAAACAGAACCCCAGUCUGCCAGCUCCUCAGACCCUGGCGGGGGGUAACCCUGAGACUGCACAGCCACAUGCUGGAACCUUACCGAGACCGAGACCAGUACCAAAGCCAAGGAACCGGCCCAGCGUGCCCCCACCCCCACAACCUCCUGGUGUCCACUCAGCUGGGGACAGCAGCCUCACCAACACAGCACCAACAGCUUCCAAGAUAGUAACAGAUGCCCUUCCUAGUGCCCUCACAGGUGGGGAAGGUUUCCAGGACUAAGGUCUGUAAUGGCCCCGAGCAGCUUGCCCCAUAGCUCGCCCCACAGCUCCAAAUGCUCCUGCUUAGCCGUGUUUUGCAUAUGUGCUUUUGACCGUGUGCCCAGGAGCAGCCGUUUGACCGUGUGCCCUGACAGCCAAUGGGCCAUCCAUUCCGUAGCAUAUUGACAUUUCUUUAUUUUUAUCAGAAGCACUUUGAGCUGCAGUGCUUCAAAUUCGAGGAGUAGAUGUCAGUAGAUCAAGAGCCUGAUUUCAAGCUGCUCUUGAAGAGUAUCUUCUUUCUUAGGGGCCAGGCACAGUGGCUCGUGCCUCUAAUCCCAGUACUUUGAGUGGCUGAGGCAAGAGGAUUGCUUGAGCUCAGGAGUUCGAGACUGCAGUGGGUAGUGAUUGUGUCACUGCACACUGCAGUCCAGCCCGCAUGACAGAGUGAGACCCUGUCUCUUUUUAAAAAAAAAAAAAAAAGAGGAAUAUCUUCUAUCUUUUUGGUGAGCCUCUUAGCAGCAGUCUACUCUUCCCAGUGUGAUUUACCUGUCACUGAUGGGCUCACCAGCAUCCAACCAAAGAGGACCCAGGUGCAGUCAGCAUGGGAGGAAAUUGUGUCCUUUGUGUCUUGAGCUUUAAUUUUAAAUUUUUGUAUCUUAAGUGCAAGUUAACUGCCUGGAGCUUCUUAAUUUGAUAUUUUAAAUUCUCAAGACCAAAAAAUUAAAAAAAAUCUUCUGCCAAAUACCCUACACUGAAUUAUUUUAAAUUCCUUUGCAUUCUAGCAUGCUUACGUUUUGCUUUAUUAAACCAUAUGAGCUUUUUAAAAGGCACUGUGAGCUCAUCUAAGUCUGCCGCUGGGUCUACAUGUGGACAGCAUAAGGCCCUCAUUAUGUGUACAGCUGCUUUCAUCAGCUGGCCUGAGCCUUGCGCCUAUCGUGGGCCCCUUAGCCAGAGUGCUCACAGCUUAGGUCUGAGGAAGACUUUCUGGAGGAACCAUAAGUGGAAAACCAGAGCGUAGCCUUCAAAACAGGGAGGAGGCCCGGGUGCGAUUCCACAAUUUCAUGCUUGUGACACACCAAAAUGUUAUUCUCAGAUAUUUCCUUUUAUUUAAAUGAAAGAUUCCAAACCAGAAUUAUGCCUGUUUUUUAAUACCAUUGUUAUCCGGGGUGUAUUUAUUCCACAAGUUUAGUUUACUGAUCUGCUACAACACUGUAAUGUACUGCCUGUAAUUAUUAGAUAAGUGAAAUUUUACAUUAAAAAUGUGUUUCCCAAAGAUACUAGCUAUUUAAAAACCGGUCUAUGCUAUAAAUUCUCCUAACUCAAGAAAUUCCAGGUUACCAGGGUUAUCUUUGUAUUACAGAAUUAACCUGUACUAUCUUAAAAUCCCCUGGCCUCCCAUUGAAAGUACACAGAAGGCCAACAUUUAGAAUUUUUUAAUCUGCUAGUAUUGAUCAUACUGCUAUUAACCAUUCUUGGAUAUAGCCAUUGGGUUUUUCAAGGAGGAAAAAAUAUAUAACUUCCUUGGACAGGAUGGUCCUUUAUUAUGACAUAAUGUUUUCACUUAGAAAACUUUAGAUGGACAAAUUCCUGAAAACAGUUUAUUCCUUUAGAAUUGGAUUAAGUUAGAGUUUUGAAGAGUUGGGUUAAGGCUCAUGGGAUUAAGAUAAACUCUUGGGGGGAGAUUAUUGCUGCCAAGCAGGUUUGGCAGCCAACUUCUCACAGCUCAGCACCAGCACUGGAGGAUGCCGGCAUUCUGGCAUCAUUUUGAGUCUCCUGUUAAUUGUGACUCUAGAGAGCAGUAAGAGUUUUAAUUCCCAUGUAAAAGAGUUUACAUCUUGCUAUUU